CAAUCUUCAACACCAUAGUAAAGAUUGAAACCAACUUUCUUUCAAGUUGUUGUAUCCACACAACUCUAAACACACCCAUACUUUCUGCUUCACACACAAAUAUACAUAGUAAAAUGGAGUCUCAAUAUGAUCUGGGAAUGAUAGGAUGGUUAGUCUGUACAGUGAUCUUAGGUGGGCUUGCUACAGUUUAUGGGUUUUUGAAGAAGGCCAAUAAAAAUUACUGGUCUUCUUCAUCUUCUUGUUUUUCUCUAGGAGAAAUAGUUUGGACAAUACGAUCAGUUUUUAAGAAUCUGACCCAUGUUGUUGAUUCUUGUUCUUGCUGCUCCCAUGGUGUUAACAGUGAUUGUGUGGAUUUCCAGUUCUCUUCGUGGGAGGAAAGAAUUAUCUCGGCUAAGAAACGCGAGCGAAAAGUUGGAUACUUUUUAAAGAAUAUCGGUUCCAACAAGUAUACUUUGGCUGUCAUCGGAAAACAGAGCAUCGUAGGCCAUAUGUCUUACGACGUUUAUGGAUCCUUUGCUAGGAAUCAUGCUUCUCAUCUACCUCCUCGACAAGACCUCAAGUGGAAUACAAAGAGGGAAGUGGUGGAUUGGUUAUCCACAUUGAUAACAGUCCCUAAUACGGAAGUUGUGCAACAAGUCCAGUAUGCAAAGGAAGGCAACAGCUUCUUUAAAGUCUUGAUAGGCGAGUUUAAAGAUAGCUUAAAUGUACCAGCAACGUAUAUGCAGCAGUACAACAGCAUCAAAAAUGGUGCGAUGAGACUAAGGAACGGAGAAAAUGAAUGGGAAGUAGAAGUAGAUGGUCGAGUCAUCAAGAGCGGGUGGAAUAAAUUUGUCAAGGAUCAUAAGCUUUGUGAAGGUGAUUUCCUUGUAUUUACCGCUCUAGGUGAAAUGUUUUUCAAUGUGGCUAUCUUUGGACAGAAUGGUCGGAUUAAAGAAUAUCCGUGGUUCCAUGCUUUUAACCCUGAUGGUAGAGUAGUGUACGCGUGAUCCUGUGAAUAUGGCAAACGGUUUCUCAAAUAAACAGGGAAUCAAGCCACAUAACUGAGAACUCGAACUAGUUCCUCGAUGAUUGCUGCUAAUUUUCAGAAUCACUGAUCGAGGAUUUGAGAUAGAGUAGCAGGGGUGGAGUUAUUCACCGAUCUGCGAUGUCUCCAAGCCAAGACGCGAUGCAGGAGCUUGAAGCCAUCAAUGCUGGUUAUCCCGGUGGAAAAUCCGAUGGUUUCUAUAGAUUAAUCACUUCUCUGUACAUAUUCAUUCGUCUUGGUAGAAAUGCUAGUGGAAUGUUGGGAAAAUUUACCAACAUGUGUAAUUUUCUCAUUUUGCAACUCCAGCUGGAUGCUGAAAAUUAAACAUGUUUUCUUUCUCAAAAA